AUGAACCCCUCGAACAGGCCCAUCGUGCUCGUCAAACCGAUCAAUGAGAGUGCCCAUGCGAUAAUCCCAGAGCUGGAUCACGCCACUGUGAAGACUCGCCAGGAUCCAUGGCCUCUUGCUAUGGAAACUCAGUCCUUUCACUCUAUUGCUCUUCGUCUCAAACUUCUUCUUGCUGUGGAUAUACUCUCUACUCAGAAUCUGGGGAAUUCGGCUUUGGCAUUGAAUAGUGAUUCGAUCUUAAUUUAUCCAUCGUUCGUCCUUCUUAUCGGACUUGCCCCUUCCGGACAAGAUUUGCCGCCGUUCGUCCACGCCUGGAAACCUCGGUGGACCUCGUCAUCGCAAAUGAAAGAAGGGCUCGACGGAAUUUUGGAAAGAGGGGCUCGGACCUCGUCGUCCACGCCUAGUUUGGGUUUAUUAGGGUUCGGGCUCGACAGAAUUUUGGAAAGAGGGGCAAAUAAAUUGUUCUUGAUAAAAGUGGACUGA